AUGGUGUUUUUAGUGGUUUUGCUGCAGGCAUUGUUUCCCCACAAAGUAUGCCAGGCGCACGUUGUGAAAUGCAGGAUCCAGGAUCCACCCCAUCCACUUCACACAUAUCAUCAGUCAGGAGAUUUCAUCAUUGGUGGCAUUCUUUCUCAUGGUGGCUUCGUCUCCAGUCCAGGAACAUUCACUGAAGAACCCCCACCUGCAUUGCCUGAAGAGCUUGUGGUGGUGCCUAAGGGUUACCAGCAUAUCUUGGCCUUGGCAUUUGCAGUCAAAGAGAUCAAUGAAAGCCCUCAAAUCUUACUCAAUCACACUUUGGGCUUCCACAUCUAUGACAGCUAUGUCCAUGCAAAGAAGACGUAUCAUGCCACAAUGCUACUUUUAUCCACACUGGAAAAAUUGGUCCCCAACUACAUAUGUGAUUUCCAAAUUAAUCUGACAUCAGUGAUUGGAGGACUAGACUCCCACAUCUCCCUUUAUGUGGCAACUCUCUUGGAUAUCUACAAGAUUCCUCAGCUCAUAUAUGGCACAGCUCCGAUGAUGGAUGAUAAAACUCCAGGACUUUCCUUCUACCAGAUGGCACCCCAAGAAAAUCUACAAUAUGCAGGAAUUCUAUCUUUGCUUCAACAUUUCAGGUGGAUGUGGAUUGGGGUUGUUGUGAUGGAUAAUGACAAUGGAGAAAGAUUUGUGCAAACUAUUGUUCCUCUGUUUUCCACAAAUGGCAUCUGUUUUGCUUUCCUUGAAAGAAUUCCCGACUUUAGUUUUGUCACUGAAAUCAUUGACACUAUAAAAAAGCGGGCAAAAAUGAAUGAUAAAAUAAUGGACAGCAAAGCUAAUGUAGUGGUUGCCAAUGGAGAAUCUUAUUCCAUGGCAUUGUUUAGAUGGCUUCCAUAUCUAUCUGAACGUGAGCACAUGACAAAGAAUGUAAAAGGUAAAGUAUGGAUAGUAACAGCCCAGAUUGAGUUUGCUUCAUUUGUCUAUCAAAGGAACUGGGAUUUAGGAAUAUUCCAUGGUGCUAUAUCCUUAGGAAUUCAUUCAAAGGACCCACCGGGAUUUCAUCAAUAUGUUGACAGCAGAAACCCUUCCAGCACAGAAGACGAUGGUUUUAUCAGGGACUUUUGGCAACAGGCCUUUGAUUGUGCAUUCCCAAAUUCCAUUAUUGGCAAGAUAGAGGGAAAUAUUUGCACUGGUGAAGAAAGGCUGGAGAGUCUUCCUGGGGAUUUUUUUGAAAUGAGCAUGACAGGCCACAGCUACAGCAUCUACAAUGCUGUCUAUGCUGUGGCCCAUGCUUUACAUGCCAUGUCCUCAUCCAGACUCGGACACAGAGAAAAGAUGCAUGACAGAAGACUAAAUCUUCAGAAUCAACUGUUUUGGCAGCUCCACCACUUUCUUAGAAUUAUCUCAUUUAACAACACUGCAGGGGACGAGGUCUCCUUCAACCAGAAUGGGGAGGUAGUAUCAAGCCUGGAAGUUAUCAACUGGAUUUUAUCUUCCAACCAAUCCUUUCAUGGAGUGACAGUUGGAAGGAUAGUUCCACAGGCCCCUCUAGAUCAAGCGUUCACCAUUGACAAAGAUGCAAUAAGAUGGCAUAGUUGGUUUAAUCAGGCACAGCCUCUUUCUGUAUGCAGUGAAAGUUGCCAACCAGGUUCUAGCAAGAAAGUGAAGGAGGGGGAGCCAUUUUGCUGCUACGAUUGCAUCCCAUGUCCAGAGGGGAAGAUUUCAUACCAGGAGGAUAUGAACGACUGUUACAAAUGCUCCGAUGAAGACUACCCAAGUAAGAACCAGGAUGUGUGUAUUCCCAAGGAUAGAAGCUUCUUGUCUUAUGAAGAACCUUUGGGUAUCAGUUUAGCCUUCUUUGCUCUUUCCUUUGCUUUUAUCACAGCUCUGGUACUGGGAACAUUCCUGAAGCACCACAACACACCCAUCAUCAAAGCCAACAAUGAGAAUCUCACCUACACCCUCCUUAUCUCCCUCUUGCUCUGUUUCCUUUGUGCUUUACUCUUCAUCGGCCGACCUGACAAGUUGACAUGUCUCCUACGACAAACUGCUUUUGGUAUCAUCUUCUCAGUGGCUGUAUCUUGCGUGCUGGCAAAAACUGUCACAGUGGUUGUUGCUUUCCUGGCCACUAAACCAGGAUCCAGGAUGAGGAAGUGGGUGGGGAAAGGACUGACCAGCUCAGUUAUCAUUUCCUGCUCCCUUAUUCAAUCAGGAAUCUGUACUGUGUGGCUGGCAACCUGUCCCCCAUUCCCAGAUGUGGACAUGCAUUCAAUGACUGGGCACAUUAUAGUAGAAUGUAACGAGGGCUCUGUGGCUAUGUUUUAUUGUGUCCUUGUUUACAUGGGCUUGCUGGCAAUUAUUAGUUUCGCUGUGGCUUUCCUUGCCAGGAAGUUACCUGACAGUUUCAAUGAAGCCAAGUUCAUCACUUUCAGCAUGUUGGUCUUUUGCAGUGUUUGGUUGUCCUUUGUUCCAACCUACUUGAGCACCAAAGGAAAAUACAUGGUAGCUGUGGAGAUCUUUUCCAUCUUAAUCUCCAGUACUGGAUUGUUGGGUAGCAUCUUUUUCCCCAAAUGUUAUGUUAUUUUGUUCAAGCCUCAUUUGAACAACAGGGAACAUCUAUUAGAGAGGUCCUCUAAGGACCUUAAAGUCAACUAUUCGGGGAUAUGUCUAACCCGCACUGUUGGAAGCCAUAAUCUGAUCAUUCUUAAUGGCCUAAGGCCCUUUGAUAACCCCGGGCAGAAUUUACAUUCAUUUCAAACAGGGGAAGCAGUGUGA